CCCUUGAAUUUUGAUGAUUCUGGUUGAGUGAGGUACUACAGUACUACUCUGUGAGCCAGCAACUCGGGAAGAAUACAGUGAUGACCAUGAAAACGAAGCGCCGCUUCCCCACGGUAGCAACCUCUGACGAUGCCACGGAUCAAUACUCCACCUUAUGGACGACGUCCCUGCCUGGAGACCUGCUUCUCCUGGUAGCAUGGCAUGUCCUGGCCGGCGACUUCCUGGACUACGUCCGCUUCCGCGCAGUCUGCAGACUGUGGCGCGACGGCACCAUGUGCCCACGCGGCCGCGGCCUCGUUGACCCACGCUUCCACCCGCGACGCUGGAUAAUGUUUCCAGAGGGUCACGGACUCCACCCUGGCCACAACAAGCUCCGCAACCACGUUCGCUUCCUCAAUCUCGACACAGGAACCUUCGUCCGUGUCAAGCUUCCGCUCUUUAGAGACCACUGCAUCCUCGACUCCGUGGAUGGCCUCCUCCUCCUCCAGCGCGACCAGGACGCCGUCGUUCGCCUUCUCCACCCUUUCACCGGCGACCUGGCUGACCUUCCCCCGCUCUCCGAUCUCCACACGCAGCUGCGGAGGUACAAGUACAACUUCCAGACCGAGGGUGACAGGUGGUUCUUCCUCACGCUUGGCAUGUUUGCCGUCGUCUCUUGUGAUGCCAAUGCUGGAACCAUCACCCUCAUGAUUCUCUUCUAUCGUGUGAAGAGGCUGGCCUUUGCUACCACCCAGGACACGCAAUGGACCGUGCCGAGUUGGGAAGUCCCACCAUAUGCUGCACCCCUUGCGUUUCAUGGCAAGAUUUACAUGGUGCAGUAUCCGACGUAUGAUGGUUCACUGGUUUUCCAGAUCGACCCGCCCCCACAGGCCGGUUCACCACCACCGCCACCGAAGCUGGUCGCCAAGUGCCCCAAGGAUAAACUUUAUGAUGGUCACAGUCUGGUAGAAGGUGACUCGGAGAUACUGCUCGUUGGCCAUACCGACAAUUCCCGGUCGCAUAUUUUGAUCUACAAACUCAAGGACAUCAUGUUGGACAGGUUUGUCCCUGUAACGAGCAUUGGAGAUCGUGCCCUCUUCCUCUUAGAUACAAAUCUGAGUGUCUCCACCAAGGCAAUGCCUAUGGUCAUGGCUGAAACCAUUGUCUACAAAGAUCCAAGAAUGCGCAACUAUGCGCAAUACCACCUCGGUACUGGCACUCGGUCUCCAGCAGUCGAUGAAUGUGGCAUCCGCGGCUAUGACCCGGGUCCUCGUAGCCUCAUCCAGCAUAUCAUUACCUGCUGCAUUCGCAGUGCAUGGAAUAAAGGGGUCAUGUAUUCUUUUAAGGAAGCGGAUAGGGACACAUGGCUCAUUUGGAAGGUCAAGAGGAAGUUUCGCCAUUGGUCAUAAACGCCUCUAAGAAGCCGGUGGAUGGAUCUUCUCAGCCUAACCAGGAUGCAUGAAGAAGAGUGGAGAGAUCACCAAAUAUCAAAAUAUAUUGCCAUAUCUUGUUGCUAUAAAUUAUUCUCUUAGAUCAUGAG